AUGUAUAUUAUGAGUGUGUACUUGUACCGACUAAUGAGUGUGUACUUGUACCGACUAAUGAGUGUGUACUUGUACCGACUAAUGAGUGUGUACUUGUACCGACUAAUGAGUGUGUACUUGUACCGACUAAUGAGUGUGUACUUGUACCGACUAAUGAGUGUGUACUUGUACCGACUAAUGAGUGUGUACUUGUACCGACUAAUGAGUGUGUACUUGUACCGACUAAUGAGUAUGGCCCUAGUUGUAGUAGUUAUCAAGGCAGAUGAAGACUUGUUGAAGUUAAAGAACCUCAAAAUAGACUGGAAUAAGAUUGGUAUUAUUGCGGCCUACGACAUUGAUAGAAGACUAAACCCGGAUCUGCCGUUGUCAACGCCGGAGGAGAAGGUCAAUUUUUCGGAAACUGUCAUUACGCCUGCUUCUAUCCUUGAGACCUGCGUUAACAAAUUGUAUUGCGACAUGAAGCUAGGAUACAAGGGCUGCUUUUAUGGCGCCCUCUUCAAGCGGACCACAGGCACGCUGACCGACAACGUGGUUAUUUCAGUCCAAGAUAAAUUCGGCGAGAAUCCGCCGGUUGUAUUUCUGGACACCGAAUACGCUAAGGGUAAAGGGUCAUUUAAAAGUUCUGUGCUCAUGGAGUCUUGUUUACGCACGCCCUUUCCAUUGGGCAACCUGUCUUGGCGAUCUUUCGGAGGCCAAGGUCUUUGGUCAUGGUGGCUGCACCGUCCGGACGGUUUGAGGGACCAAACGGCACUAAAAGAUGCGCUAGAAUUCGCCUUCAGAACGACCGUAGUUGUACAGGAAGAAGGCGACCGCUACGAGUGUGACUGGUGUGAAAAAAUUUUCUACUACAAAGACGACCCCAUACGCAAGUUUGAUCACACUUAUUGUAGUCUAGACUGCGUUACAGCCCAUCGCAAGACGAACUGGAAAGGAAUUACGAUUAGGAAUCCCUCCUGA